AUGAGGCGGUUCUCAACAGCAGUAAUUAUAACAGAUCCCUUGGUCAAGUAUCAAACACACGUAGCCGCCGGUUUUUAUGCUCCAGACCCAUCUCAGCAUAGACUUGCCAGGCACUUACACAAGAUAUAUCUCCGCAUCAAGGAUUACUCUCCACAAACCGAAUAUCGUCAACGCUUGAAACAAGUUGCCCGCUUGACAGAGGCGAGACCCAAAAACAAUUCAGAAGAAGAUGGGAAUAUUCUUGCAUUGCACAACCACUCGAUAUGGAGGAACCCACUCUUCAAACAUCUGCUCGCAACACCUGAAGGAAAGGAGAGUCUCGCUAUGACACGGGUACUUGCGAACCACGAGUCAGCAAUUGAGAUAGAUUCACCCAAGGGUUUGUUUUUAUCAGGUGAAGUGGGCACUGGGAAGUCUAUGUUGCUCGACCUACUCGCAGAUGGCUUGCCAACUGAGCGGAAGAGGAGAUGGCAUUUCAACACCUUCAUGCUUUAUACCAUUUCCCAACUCGAGCAUCAUCGAAAGACCAGUCCAAGUGUUAAGGAGGGUGAAAAUGACUAUUCUAUCCUGUGGAUGGCUAAGAAGCUGGUUGACGAGUCUCCGAUCCUGUUCCUUGACGAAUUCCAGUUGCCAGAUAAAGCAGCUAGCAAAAUCCUCAGCCAUCUCUUCAUUGCUUUCUUCCAGCUCGGCGGUGUUCUCAUUGCUUCUUCGAACCGCAUGCCCGAAGAGCUCCAGAAUGCAAUCGGUGUGGACUAUACGCCCGCACCGACAAGAGGCUUGAUCCGCAGGUUUUUUGGUGGUGCAGUACGUGCCCGAGGCGAACUAUACGGAUCAACUAGUGAUUUUGCCAACUUUCUCGAAGUAUUAAAGGCUAGAUGCGACUUUUGGCAGAUGGAAGGAGCCAGGGAUUGGCGAAGAAGAGAGGAGACCGAUAGCCCACUCGUUAUGGCUGGGAACACUGCCAAAGGCGAAACGGUGGUGGAAGAAACCAUCGCUCGCGACAAACUAGAGGGAAUUGCUACGAAGCCGAUCAACUAUUACUUGUCAACAGAUGAACAUGACGCAUGGAUGGAGCGAGUAAGGACUGCAAUCACAUGGACAGACCCCAAAUCACUGCCAUGGGAGCCCUCAACUGUUGUGGUGUAUGGCCGAAAGGUUCACACUCCUCGGCACUACAAUGGCUACGUGUUCUGGGACUUUGACAAGAUAGUCGAGACUUUCGGACCCGCUGACUAUAUCACAAUGGCCUCUACCUACCACACAUUUAUCAUCGACAACGUACCUGUUCUGACACAUGCGACAAAGAACGAAGCGCGACGCUUUAUUACGCUGUUGGAUGCUCUAUACGAAGCUCGCUGCAAACUCAUCAUCCGGGCCCAAAACCCUCCCGAUACACUUUUCUUCCCCAAGAAGAGAGGCUCUUCGACUGGAAAGCCAAAUAAUCCAAACGAGCCCGACGACCUCAUCUCAGAAACAAUUGCCGAAGUAUACCAAGACCAAAUGUCUCCAUUCCGACCCAAUGUGGCAUACUACGAUACAAAGUCAAGCACUGCAUCUUACGAUCCGGACCAGGACUCGGACUUUGGCAUACAAACCAAGCCCCUUGACUUUGCGAAUAGAAGUGCAUUCACCGGUGAAGAUGAGCGGUUCGCAUACAAGAGAGCAAUCUCUCGACUGUGGGAACUUUGCAGCGCGCAGUGGCAUGCCAGGACAGGAGAUUGGUGGCAGCCGCUGCCCCUCGAGGCAAGGCACUGGGAGGGAGGCAUGGUCACACAGGCUGUCCAACAUCAAAUCGGUGCAAGUAGGCUGAGUAAAGAUGAAGGGAUGGGUCAGAGUUUUGAAGUCGAUGAGAUGGCUGGACUGUCAAAGUGGAGGGUUGAAGAUCUGAAGAAUAACCCCGAAAAGAGUGUCUGA